AUGAAACCAGGUCAGCAAAGAGAUAGUAGUGAUCUGUGGAAGCAAAUUGUACAAUUUGGAAUGCAGGAUCGCAAAAUUCGUCAAAUUCUGCCAUUUCAAAGCCAACGUAAUACUGGAAUAAGCUGUUGCAGUUGUCAGCAAGGAUCAACUGGUCCCUCAGGAACAUCUGGAAAACCUGGAUCAGAUGGUAAUGCGAGUUUUUGUGCUUUGCAAAUUGGUAAAGAUGGCUUUCCAGGCAAAUCAGGACGGGAUGGGCGUCCAGGUCAAUACAUCGAACCUGAUCAAUCAAUUGAAAAGUAUUGCCAAAAGUGUGCAUCAGCUGCUCAAGGACUACCUGGUCCUCCGGGCCCGAAAGGACUAAGAGGAGCUCCAGGACAGCCAGGAGCUCCCGGCAUUGAUGGAAAACCUGGACCUCGUGGAGCGCCAGGUCCAACUGGGAUUCGAGGACCUCCUGGAGAAAUAGGAAAAAAAGGUCCCGCAGGUGACCUUGGUAAAAUACUGAAUGGAGCACCACCAGGACCUCGCGGACCACCAGGAUUGCCUGGACCACGAGGACUCCCGGGAUCACGUGGGCGCGAUGGUAAAUCUGGUUUAUCAGGUGAAAAAGGAGUUAGAGGUGAACAGGGUGAACGAGGAUCCGAUGGAAAUGUUGGUGCCCCUGGCCCGGCAGGAGUAGUAGGAAUACCAGGAUUAAGCGGUACAUGCAGUCACUGUGAACCAAUUUUACAUGAAGCUUCAUUUGAAAGUUCUGAAAAUAAAGCGAAUAUUCAAGCACAACGUUUUUAUUCAAACGAACCCGAAAAUGAUAAUGAAGCGACAUUAAGUGGAUAUAUUUUCGACUCAAUUUUGGAUGUUGGUAGACGAUUCGAAGAAGAAAUGAGAGAUCCAUAUCCAUAUGAAACACCAAGAAUCGAGCGUUCUCGUACCUUUGGUUCACGAGCAAGCACAUAA